AUGCGGACGCUGGCGAGUUUUGACCUCUACCGCAAGGUGCCCCGGGACCUCACCGAGCCCACCUUGUCCGGGGCCAUCGUGUCUGCCUGCACGGUCUCCGUGGCUCUGUACCUCUUCGUGGCUGAGUUCUUGGUGCUUCUCCAGCGGCGCUGGGAGAGCGAGAUGAUUAUCGAGGAGAGUAAGACCGAGGAGAAGCUCCAGAUCAACCUGGACAUCACCAUGUCCUCCAUGCCCUGCGAGCUCCUCUCCUUCGAUGCGCAGGAUGUCAUGGGCAGCUACGAGGUGGAUGCCCACGGAAACCUCUUCAAGGACCGGCUGACUUCCAAGGGCGACCUCAUCGGCACCCAGGAAAUCAAGUCGAGCCACUUUGGCGCCUCCUCGACAUUGUCGAGGCACUACAGCUUGGGCUAUGGCAAUCAGGACGUGGACGCUCUCCGGAAGAGCAUCAACAGCGGGGAAGGCUGCAGGAUCCGAGGCUUUGUCAAAGUGAACAAAGUUCCUGGGAACCUUCACUUGUCCACGUACAGCCACUCCUUCCUCUUUGGCUCCUUGUACCAGGAGACCAGGAAUCUCAACAUCUCUCACACAGUGAACCACAUCUCCUUUGGAGUCGAUGCCGACAUUACCUAUGUGAAGCAGCAUUUUCAGGGCACCGGCAUCGUGAGCCCUUUGGAUGGAGUGGCGCAGAUCCACGAGAAGAGCCCGCCAAGCAAAGACCACGGCUGGUCCUACGCCGGAUCCCUGGACUCGGCCAUCUACGAGUAUUAUACCAAGGUCGUGCCCACAACCUAUGUGCCAUUGGAUCGAGCCCCGCUGAAUGUGUACCAGUUCACUGCGAACUCCAACAAGAUUGUCAACCAGCAGAUGCCGUCAUUGUACCUGCGAUACGACUUUUCUCCAGUCACUGUCCGCUACGUUGAGACGAAGGAGAGCUUCUCGCACUUCUUGGUGCAGAUCUGCGCUGUGGUCGGGGGCAUCUUUACAGUGGCCGGGAUCUUCGACGCGGCGCUUCAUAAGAGCAUCGUCCACUUGGCCAAGAAGGCCGGGCCAACGAGAGCCUUCACAUGGCAGCAAGGCGGCCGGUUUGGCGGGGGGCCGAUUGCCAACGCCCUAGCGCAGGACAGCCUGCGAUUCAAGGGGCAGAUCCGCAAAUCGAAGGUGGAGUUUCUGCGGAGCAGCCUGGGGCUGCACUGGAGCUGGUUCCAGGAGGAGCUCACAGCGGGCAAAUACGACUCGCAGCUGGAGAAUGGUCGCUGCCAGCCGGAGGCGCCUGAGCUGAACUUUCUGAUGUCCAAAGACAGGCGAAACCCGCCGUGUAGGAAGCCACUCGUCGCCAGCCCAAAGGUGGAGAAGAUUCAGAUCCCACAGGAGGUGUGGCUGGCGGCGGGCAAGAACCGGAAGGCCAACUUCCUGGCGAAGGCCCUGCUGUCCCCGCCCCCCAAGCUGCUCUUCUCGCUGCUGACCUUCCUCGAGGUGUCCGAGGUCCUCGACCUGGCGAUGGCGGCCCGUGGCCUGGCAGGGGCUUUGUUGGACUUCGCCUGGGAGGCAACCGCCAAAGAGGGGGCAUUGCUGUGGAAGCUGCUUGGUGCGCGAGGCAGCAUGGCAGCACGGCCCAGCUUUGCAGGGGAUCCAGCCUUCCGGCUGCCCGCUUGGGCACGACGGAGACGCUUCUUCGAGCGCCUAGGCCGCGGCGUGGCGCGAGUGGCUCAGCUGGUGACCGUGCCAGAGCUGGGCCCGUCGAGGAGCUGGGGCCGUUCCUAA